AAUAAUAAAAAAAAAAAAGGCUAAUUAAACACUCUUCUUCUAUCACCGCCUUUUUGGCAAUGUACUUAGUCACGGUCUUAGCAUUGUUGCUACUUGUAGCCGUGCCAAAAGCAUAUGGAGCUCGUGCUUUCUUCGUGUUUGGUGACUCGUUGGUUGACAAUGGCAACAACAAUUAUCUUCUAACAAGUGCUCGAGCCGACGCCCCACCUUAUGGCAUCGAUUACCCCACACAUCGUCCCACUGGUCGCUUCUCAAAUGGACUUAACCUUCCCGACCUUAUUAGUGAAAAGCUCGGGUCGGAGGCCACAUUGCCGUACUUGAGCCCGGAGUUGAACGGAAACAAGCUACUGAACGGAGCAAAUUUUGCUUCUGCCGGAAUCGGUAUACUAAACGACACCGGACUUCAGUUUGCAACCAUUAUUAGGAUAUCUCAACAACUACAGAAUUUUCGUGCGUACCAAGCUCGACUAAGCGCAUUGAUUGGUCCAGAUCAGGCCACACGGCUCGUGAACCGGGCUCUUGUCUUAAUCACACUAGGAGGAAAUGACUAUGUCAACAACUACUUUUUAGCACCAGUUACGGCCAGAAGGCUACAAUACACCAUUCCUCAAUUCACCAAAUACAUUAUUGCAGAGUACUACAAAAUCCUUAUGGAAUUAUAUAACUUGGGUGCUAGACGGAUCCUAGUGACUGGAUCCGGACCCUUAGGUUGUGUUCCAUCCCAGUUAGCCUCAUCCAGGGGUGCAAAUGGUCAAUGUGCACGCGAGCCUCAACAGGCGUCGGCUUUAUUCAACCCCCAACUCGUGCAAAUGAUCCAAAGCCUCAACCAAGAUCUCGGAUCUGACCAUUUUGUGGCCGUCAAUGCAAUGGAAAUGCAUAAUGACUUUAUCAAUAAUCCUCGAGCCUUUGGUUUUAUAACAUCAAAAGUCGCAUGUUGUGGACAAGGACCAUACAAUGGGGUUGGCAUUUGCACUGCGGUAUCAAAUCUUUGCCCUAAUCGAGAUUUGUAUGUAUUUUGGGAUCCCUUUCAUCCAACCGAACGUGCUAACAAGCUCAUCGUUGAAACCAUCUACACCGGUUCUGAAAAGUACAUGUACCCGAUGAACUUAAGCACCAUCAUGGCAUUGGAUUCCAUGACCUAAAAUAACAUCAAGCUUUAUAUCUAAAGAUUGAGUGUCCUAAUUACUAUUGAUUACAUGUUUGGCAUAACUUCGAGUUGUAACAAAAUGAAAUUAUCAAUUUUAUUAGUAAUUAUAUUGCAA